AACAUACGCAUCCCCAAUCUCAUUCCUCUUCCUCUCCAAAAGCCACAUUGCACCUGAAAACCCCCAAAUAAUUUUUAAUUUUUUUUUAAUCUCUGUAAUUUCAUCCCCAUCGCCCCCCAAAAAAACAAAGCCACUAACAUGCGCCAUCACCUCCUCUCCUCCUCCAUCACCAUGGCCUCCUCCUCCUCCUCCUCCUCCUCCUCCUCUUCACUUUCUCUCUCUAAACCCACCACCACCCAUCACCACCACCACAAGAAACCCUCCCAUCUCUCAAACCCUAACCCUAGCUCCACCACCACCACCACCACCCAUUGCUCCUCUAUCCUCUGCAAGCACUCCCCAUCAGCCACCCUCGAUAUUCUCAUCCUCAUCCUCGUCCUCUUCUCCGGCACUUUCCUCAUCACCUCCUACUUCUCCUAUAUCUUCCACUCCCUCUCUCUCCUUCUCCCCCCUCUCUCUCACUCCCUCCUCCAUGACUCCUCUCUCCUCUAUUUCUUUUCCUUUCUUCUCUUCUUCCUUUUCUCCAUCUUUUCCUUCGAGAUCUGUUGCGGAAACAGGUCCAGGAAGUGCCACAACCCUAGCUGUAAAGGCUUGAAGAAGGCCAUGGAGUUCGAUUUGCAGCUCCAGACGGAGGACUGCUUGAGAUCGGCUUCCGCGGCCGUCAGGGAAUUCGAUGAGCUGCCUUGGAAGGGAGGGACUGAGGGGAACCCUGACUAUGAGUGCUUGAGGGCUGAGCUCAGGAAGAUGGCGCCGCCCAACGGCCGGGCGGUGCUGCUUUUCCGGGCAAAGUGCGGCUGUCCCGUCGCCAAGCUCCAAGGGUGGGGCGCGAAACGUGGUCGUCGGCACAAGAAUUUUGGAUUGUUUAGAGAUGCAAGCAACUCAUGAGGGACGUUAUCCUUUAUGCAGGCAGGGGUCUGACUAUAAAUGGGGGAGAUCAUCGCUGAUUGUUCCUGAUGACUCCAUCAACUGGGUCUCAUACAUAUGUUUCUCCUUUUACUGUCUCGUUUUCCUUUCAGUUUCUGGAAUUUCUUUCACCUGUAAAACUUAUAUAUUUAAUUAGGACGAUUCUUUUUCUUUUUCUUUUUAAUCUUACAGAUGACAUUGUAUCUCCUUGAACUUUGUCCAAAACUGUCCUCGUAGGCACAUUGUCAUUGGGCAUUCUCGCCUUUCUGAGAGGAUUUGCCAGACAAGAUGCAAAUAAAUAUAUGAAUUAGCAAAGUGGAUGAUGAUAUAAAUUCUAA